AUGGGGUCUCUAGAUCUUUCCUUCACCCUAGUAUCUCUCUUGGCAAUCUUAUUCACAUUUGCUGAAGCCAACAGCAACAGAAAACUCCUGGAAACUCCCACUUACUACCAGCCUGCUUAUUCUCCUCCUCCAUCACCCACAUAUAAAAACCCAGCUACUCUUCCACCUCCUACUCCGGUUUAUUCUCCUCCUCCUCCUCCAACUCCUGUUACAAUUCCUCCUCCUAGCCCGGCUUAUCCCCCUCCUGUUGUUCUUCCUCCUCCAACGCCGAUAUUUUCGUCUCCUCCUCCUCCUCCAACUCCCGUUACAAUUACUCCUCCUACCCCGGUUUAUCCCCCUCCUGUUGCUCUUCCUCCUCCAACGCCAAUAUAUUUGCCUCCUCCUCCCGCUCCUUUCAAUCCACCUUUGAAAGCUAAUCCUUCUCCUCAAGCUUACAGAGCCUUCUACUACAGACAGACUCCUCCUCCUCCCUCCGGUAAACCUUGGUGGUGGUUGUUAUGA